AUGCGGCUAUGUAUCUUGCUUCUGGCCUUCCUGGGGUCUCUGUCUGAUGCUGCGUUCUCUGGACCCACAGGCUGGCGUUUGCCAGGGAGGAGCCCUCGUUUUGACCGCCUUGGGGAUGUGGAGGUGGCAGGGAGCUUCAGCAUCUUUCAUUUCUAUGAUGUCACCUCAUUGGAUUUCACGGCUCCACCAGCCGGGCGGCCCUACUCAAGCGUUUCCAAUUGGGGCUACCGGGUGGCCCAAAGUUUUGUCUUUGCCAUUGAGGAAAUCAACAGGAGCGUCCACCUGUUGCCCAAUCUGACCUUGGGCUUCUCCAUCCGCAACUCUGGGGACUCAGUACACGGAGCUCUCCAUGAGACCAUCGGCUUCCUCACGGGGCAGGAGGAGCCGGUCCCCAACUACUUCUGUGGGUCUGGCCCCCCCAAAGUUGCCGUGGUGGGGGACACAAGGUCAGCCCUGUCUGUGUCCAUGGCCAGGCUUCUCGGGCUGUACAAGUUUCCCCAGAUCAGUUACUCAUCUACACUGCCAUUCCUCAGUGACAAGACUCAAUUUCCUUCCUUCCUCCGGACCAUACCCAGUGACAUCACGUUUACCCAAGCAGUGACUCAGCUGGUGUUGUAUUUGGCAUGGUCCUGGGUGGGCAUCCUGGCCCAAGAUGAUGACUUUGGGCAGCAGGCCAGCUCUCUGGCCACCCAGAAGCUCAUCCAGGCUGGUGCCUGUGUUGAGUUCAACUUCCAAGUCCCUUCACAGACAUCUCAGGAGAAGACUCGAUUAGUUGUAGAGAAUAUGGAGAGAUGCACCGCCACUGUUGUUCUGGUCUUUGUGAACAACUCCAAUUUUCAGCUCAUCCUGCAGGUCUUGCUGAAGCAUGGUAUCAAGGGCUGGGUCUUGGUUAGCCCAGAUACACAGCACAUGGCUAAUGCACUGACUGUGCCAGGUGUCUCCAAGAUAUUAUAUGGCGCAUUUGGCCUUCUGCAUUACAGCAACCCAGUACCCGGGUUCCAGGAGUUCCUUGCUGGCCUUCACCCCAGCAGGACCCCAGAGGACAUGUUCAUAGAUGGGUUCUGGAAGGUCACCUUUCAAUGUACAUGGUCCCAUCGGAACACCACACUGGCAAAAGUUGACCAUGUAUGCUCAGGAAAUGAGAGUAUGAGAGGCCAGGAGCUUCCUUUCCAGGAAUUGAGUCAAAGUGAUGUCGCCUACAUGGCUGUCUAUAGCAUUGCCCAUGCCCUGCACAACCUGCUAGCCAAUGAGGACCGGCAUGGGACAUGUGCAGAUCCUGGGCACUUCCAGCCGUGGCAGCUUCUCCAUUCCCUCAGGAAGGUGCACUUCAAGACUCCUGAUGGCCGAGAGAUUCUGUUUGAUGCUGAUGGAGAUCUGGUUACACAAUUUGACAUUGUGCGGUGGCAGAAGACCUCUGAAGGCACAUUCUACCCUAUGAACAUAGGCAAGAUUGACCCACAAGUGUCUCCGGGGGACAGAAUGUCCAUCCACUUGCAGGAAGAUGUCCAGGUGAGAGGGCUGGUGUCUGAUGGCCCUGUUCUUCAUCUCCAGGUGCCUCCCUCUGUCUGCAGUGGGAGAUGUCUUCCAGGGUUCAUCCAGACCCCCAAGCAGGGAGCCCCUCACUGCUGUUUCCAUUGUAGCCCCUGCCCCGAGGGACAGUUUGCAAACGAAACAGACAUGAAGAGUUGUCUCCUGUGCACUGAGGAUCAGUACUCAAGCCCUACUCGAGACAGCUGCCUACCCAAGACUGAGUCUUUCCUAGCCUUUGAUGAGGCCCUGGGGUUCAGCCUGGCUGUGGUGUCACUCAUGCUGGCUGGCCUGGCUGUGCUGGUCUUGGGGAUAUUCUGGAAGCACCAGGACAGCCCUGUAGUCAAGGCCAACAACCGGCCUCUCAGCUACUUGCUCCUUGUUUCCCUGAGCCUGUGUGCCCUGUGUGCCUUGCUGUUCCUGGGCCAACCCACGGCUGCCACCUGCCUCCUGCGCCAGACCACCUUUGCUGUAGUGUUCACUGUGGCGGUCUCCUCCAUCCUGGCGAAGACCCUCACGGUGGUGCUGGCUUUCAGAGUUACCAGGCCAAGGGACAGGUUUCAGGUGUGCCUGGGCCCCAGCGCGUCUCCAUGUGUUGUCCUGAUGUCCUCCUUGGUCCAGGUGAUUCUCUGUGCAGUCUGGCUGGGCACGUCCCCACCAUUCCCAGGCAGGGACAUGGCCUCUGAGCCCAGGCAUAUUGUCAUCCAGUGCCAGGAGGGCUCCGGAGUGGCCUUCUACUGCGUGCUGGGUUACCUGGGCUUCCUGGCCAUGGGGACCUUCUGUGUGGCCUUCCUGGCCCGGGGCCUGCCAGAUGCCUUCAAUGAGACCCAGUUCAUCACCUUCAGCAUGCUGCUGUUCUGCAGUGUCUGGACAGCCUUCCUGCCCCUGUACCACAGUGCUCGGGGCAAGUCCAUGGUGGCCGUGGAGAUCUUCUCCAUCCUGUCCUCCACUGGGGGGCUUCUGGGUGGCAUCUUCCUCCCCAAGUGCUACAUCAUCUUGCUGAAGCCUGAGCGCAACACCCUGACCUGGGUAAGACAAGGACACUGA